UGAUCGCCCACGUGAUCACGUUAUUGCUUUGGUGUGCCGGAAUUCUUUUAAGACGAAACCUUAACCUCAAGUCUUCGAGUCUCGUGCGGUCUCGUUAUUGCAACGGCUUUUUCAUCUAUUUCCUGGCGGAAUAAAAUUAAAGUAUCUCUGGAAGUGAGAGAGAGUCACGCACGUUCGAGGUUGUUUCAGACUAUCAAAUCGUACUGAGAUAACGCGUGCCAUGAUUACGGCGACCUGCAGGUUACUGUUUCCUAUCAAUAGGAAACAGCUUAAUCCGCGUAAUUUCUUUUGUACUAGGGAAUUUGCUUCUGCACAAGAUUUUACUACGUCUAAGUCGAAACAGGGGGUAGAAAAAGACUCUUUACCCCUGAAACCAAAGAAGCCGCUGAAUGUAUUUUUGCUAUAUUAUAACUCCAUACGAAGCAAGCUGCAAGAGGAGUAUCCCCAGUCCAAGUCAACGGAGCUUGUGAAAAAAGCGUCGGAGAAAUGGGCGCAAAUCGACCCGAUGCUAAAGCAGAAUUUGCAGAAGCAAUAUCUCGAGCAAACCUCUGUAUAUAAGCAGAAACUAAUGGAUUAUGAGAAUUCUUUAACUGACGAACAGAAGAUGGAAAUAGUACAACAGUUAUUGAAGAAAGGACAUACUUUGAAGAAGGGAGAAAUUAAACAAAAACUUAUGGAACUUGGGAAACCAAAGCGACCAUUGUCUGCCUUCAUGUUAUUCUUGCAAAGUAAAAGGGUUGCCAAAAAGCCACAAGUAUCACAUAAAGAUUGGAUAAACAGUGUGACUGAAGAGUGGAAAGAUUUGACGCUGGAAGCUAAAAAUAAGUACAGCGCAGAAGCAAAAGAUUUGUACGAAAAGUACAAGGUCGAGGUGAAAAAAUGGGAAGAAGAUAUGAUUCAAGCAGAUCGACGACACGGGUCCGCGGAUGUACUUUACGACAACAAAGAUACUUUGCAACCUACAAUGGAGCAUCCAAGGAAUACGGCAAUGGAUACAUCGAUAAACGAUGUUAAAAAGACAGUUGUACAACCUCACGAUACACAUAUACAUACACAGAUAUAUACAUAUUUUAUCUCUACGUGGAACAGAGCUUUGACUGCUCUAAAAGAGAUUAGUGAGAACUGGAAGACGAAAUUAUACUAACCCAAACGAGGUGACUAUUAUGACGAUGACUGCAGCAGAUACAUGUGAUUUAUACUGUCAACGUUUUAUAUAAAAAAUAUAUAUAUGCGUGUUCAUUAUAUUUACAUCAUUGGCGAUUGUGAGGUUUAUCGUGAAAUAACAUGAAUUAUUUUUCAUCUUAUUAUUUCUUUUCUCUCAUGUGCCUAUGUAUAAUUUUCUAAUGUUUAUAAAUGACAAAUGCUUGAAAGUUUGCAAUUUACAAAACAA